AGCGCGUCAGACGCGCACCGGGAACGCGAAGCGAAGCAGCAGCUGCGGGUCGGUCGGUCGGUGAGCGCGGAGACGGACCGCACUAAAGAACCUGCGUCGCCGUUUCCUCUUGUGGAUUAACGCUGCCGAACCUUUCACUCCAAACGCACAGACAGACGGAAAGCUUGUCCAGCAUGUCGGGGAGCAGGGAGGAGGAGAGGAGGAAACUGGCCGACAUCAUCAACCACUGGAACGCCAACCGGCUCGACCUGUUCGAGAUCAGCCGGCCCACAGAGGACUUAGAGUUCCAUGGGGUGAUGAGGUUCUACUUCCAGGACCGGGUUGCCGGUAACUUCGCCACAAAGUGCAUCAGAGUGUCCAGCACAGCAACCACGCAGGAUGUCAUUGAGACACUGGCAGAGAAAUUCAGACCGGACAUGAGGAUGUUGUCCUCACCGAGAUACUCCCUGUACGAGGUCCACGUCAGUGGCGAAGAGCGACAACUGGACCUGGAUGAGAAGCCUCUUGUUGUUCAGCUGAACUGGAACAAAGAUGACAGAGAAGGACGCUUCGUUCUGAAGAACGAGAACGACAUCCUGCCCAAGAAAAGUCAGAGUAAUGGGCCAGAAAAGGAGAAGGAUGGAGUGAUCCAGAACUUCAAGAGGACUCUCUCCAAGAAGGAGAAGAAAAAAGAAAAGAAGAGGGAAAAAGAGUUUGCCCGGAUCCCUGAUGGAGAUGAGCAGACACUCAGUCGGGAGGAUGGAGAAAACCGUUUGGCAGCAGAGGUUUACAAAGACAUGCCAGAGACGAGCUUCACCAGGACGAUCUCCAACCCUGAGGUGGUGAUGAAGAGACGACGCCAGCAGAAACUGGAGAAGCGCAUGCAGGAGUUUAUGAGCAGUGAUGGAAGGCCAGAAUCGGGAGGCACAUUGCGGAUAUAUGCUGACAGUCUGAAGCCGAACAUCCCGUAUAAGACCAUCUUGCUCUCUACGAGAGACACAGCAGACUUUGCUGUUGUGGAGGCGCUGGAGAAAUACGGGCUGGAGAAGGAGAACCCCCGAGAGUACUGCAUCGCCCGGCAAGAUGACAAGUCAGGCAAAGAGGUGAUUCUGGAUGACACAGAGUGUCCACUGCAAAUUUUCAGGGACUGGCCUGCUGACAGAGGGGCACUGGUGUUCCAGCUGAAAAAGAGACCACCUGACUACCAGGGAAGAAAAGGAAGGAAGGUGGAUGACAAAGGGCCGCGAGGGAAAGACUGCAGCAACUCCUUACCGCCUGAGAAACUGCCUUAUCUGGUGGAACUGAGCCCAGGGCGAGGGAAUCACUAUGCCUACUACGCCUAUCGGCACCAUGAAGACGGCUCUGACUCGCGGGACAAACCAAAGUUAUACCGGCUGCAGCACAGCAUCACAGAGGUCGGCUCAGACUGCACAGAGGACGGAGCCAUCCAGCUGCUGGGUCCAGGGAUUCUUCCACACCACUGUAACCUCAUGCACACUGAAGGGAUGGUUACCGUGACGCCCCACGGGCCUGAUGCUGACACUUACGUUGACGGGCAGCGCGUUACGGAGACAACGGUGCUGCGCUCGGGUUCCACGCUGCAGUUUGGCUCCACCCACGUAUUCAAGUUCGUGGAUCCGAUGUUUGACCAAGGAGGGAAAAGAGAACCGACGGCUAUGAUGAGGGGUCGCCUCAAGUCUGGCAGCGUACCAGAAACCACCUUUGACCUUCACGGAGACGUCCACAGUGGAGCUGCCCUGCCCACCAGCAAGAGCUCAGGAAAGCUGGAGAUGGAGAGAGGGAUGGUCAAACCCAUGAUCCGAGGAGAGCAGCAGGACAGCAGGUCUCAGGACGCCUCAGCGGACAGAACAGAUUUAACUCUGCCAGCCAGCAUUGAAUUCAAAGAAAACUUGGAAGACACCUUCCUGUCAGCCAUCAUCAACUACACAAACAGUUCCACAGUUCACUUCAAACUCUCACCCACUUAUGUCCUGUACAUGGCCUGUCGCUACGUCCUAUCACCUGUUUACCGGUCCGACAUGUCGCCUUCAGAGAGGACGCACAAGGUUAUCACCAUCAUCAACAAGAUGGUGAGCAUGAUGGAAGGAGUCAUCCAGAAGCAGAAGAACAUUGCGGGUGCGCUGGCAUUCUGGAUGGCUAAUGCUUCAGAACUGCUCAACUUCAUUAAGCAGGACCGAGACCUGUGUCGCAUCACACUGGACGCCCAGGACAUCCUCGCCCAUCUCGUCCAGAUGGCCUUCAAGUACCUUGUCCACUGUCUCCAAGCUGAUAUGAACAACUACAUGCCUGCCUUCUUGGAUGAUCCAGAGGAGCAUAAUCCACAGAGACCAAAGAUAGAGGAUGUCCUGCACACGCUGACGGGGGCAAUGUCACUGUUACGGCGGUGUCGAGUCAACGCCGCGCUGACCAUCCAGCUGUUUUCACAGCUCUUCCACUUCAUCAACAUGUGGCUGUUCAAUAAACUGGUGACAGACAGGGAGUCUGGGCUUUGUUGUCACUACUGGGGGGCUAUUCUGCGGCAGCAGCUGAGCCACAUUGAAGCCUGGGCUGAGAAACAAGGCCUGGAACUGGCUGCUGACUGCCACCUGAGUCGCAUUGUGCAGGCCACGACCUUGCUGACUAUGGACAAAUACUCCACGCAGGACGUGCAGAACAUCCACAACACCUGCUUCAAACUCAACUCACUGCAGCUUCACGCCCUCAUGACCAACUACCACUGUGCUCCAGACGAGCCUUACAUACCGCCUGAGCUGAUAGACCAUGUGGUGGCAGUAGCAGAAAACACAGCAGAUGAGCUGGCAAGAAGUGAUGGCAGAGAAGUUCAGCUGGAGGAGGAUCCGGAUCUCCAGCUCCCUUUCCUUCUUCCUGAGGACGGUUACUCCUGUGAUGUUGUGCGCAGCAUCCCCAAUGGCCUACAGGACUUCCUGGAACCACUGCUGCAAAGAGGUUUCUGUCGGUUAAUACCCCAUCCCCGUUCUCCUGGAACCUGGACUGUCCACUUUGAUACAGCUGACUGUGACAGUCACUUUUCUUCAGCUGAGAACUCUGAAAUGCCAAUGAGGAAAGAGCCGGAGGUUGUCACGGUAACCCUUAAGAAGCACAACGGCAUGGGCCUGAGCAUCGUGGCCGCCAAGGGUGCAGGUCAGGAGAAACUCGGCAUCUACAUUAAGUCUGUGGUCAAAGGCGGAGCGGCUGAUAUGGAUGGGCGGCUUGCAGCAGGUGACCAGCUGCUAAGUGUGGACGGUCGCAGUUUGGUCGGCCUGUCACAGGAGAGGGCAGCAGAGCUGAUGACGCGGACGGGAUCCGUGGUGACGCUGGAGGUGGCGAAGCAGGGAGCCAUUUAUCAUGGACUAGCUACCCUUCUGAACCAGCCGAGCCCCAUGAUGCAGAGAGCGUCGGACCGAGGCCGGGAGAAGAACGGAAAGAUGCGACCAAAGAGCGAAGGCUUUGAGCUUUAUAACAGUUCUGUGCAGAACGGCUCCCCGGAGAGUCCGCAGUCCAGCUGGGAUUCUUACCCCGAAUCCAAGAAGAUGAGCAGUGAAGACCGUCUCCUGAAGAACCGAGCUGACCACCGCUCCAGCCCCAACGUCGCCAAUCAGGGUCAGACUCCUGCAGGAAAAGCAGUGUACCCAGGAGCUCCAGGUGCAAAAAUCACCUCCGUCUCCACUGGCAACCUGUGCGCUGAUGAAGAACCGCCUCCUCCUCACCCGGAGGCUUACCCCAUCCCCACUCAGACCUACCCCAGAGACUACUUCACCAUUCCAGCUUCCAAGAGCCAGGAUCGUGUCGUGGGUCCUGGACAGGCACCGUCCCAGCAGCACUGGCAGCCCAUGGAGGACAGAGAUCGCCUACCUGUGGUCGAUAACAUUCACAGCAACAGCAUGCAGCGGGUUAACCACUCCCAGGAGGAGCUGUAUCCCCCUGCAGGAAGUCUGAGGCUGGACGAGCGGAUACCGCAGCACUACCAGCAGGACUACCAGCACAGAGACCUGGACUAUCAGAGAGGUCCACCAGGAGGAGGACCGGACCCCUGGGCUCCACAGCAGCAAGUGUCCUCCUCCUUGGAGUCUUCCACAUCCAGUCAGGAACACCUCAAUUUCUCCGCUUCUUCCUCCUCGUCCUCCAACAAGAACCAGAAGACCGGGCCCGGACGUUGGAAGACACCCAACACGCCCCAUGCUGUUCCAUCCCAUUCAGUUCAGCCGCCGUCCCGCUCAGACCUGCCCCCUCCACCGCCCCCACCCCCAUCCACUUAUCUUGACCCCUACGACCCCUACGAGCCCCAGCCUGACCUCCCCCUCCCGCCACCGCCUGCCAUGACCACAGUGUCGGCGCAGCAGGCGGCAGACCGUAAGAAACGUGAGGAGCAGCAGCGCUGGUAUGAGAAGGAGAAAGCUCGCCUGGAGGAGGAGAGGGAGAGGAAGAGAAGGGAACAAGAGAGGAAGCUGGGUCAGAUCCGGGCGCCUGUCAUGCCUGUCCAGACCCACAGCAACGGUGGAUCCAUGCUCCCCCCCCACCAUCAGCCGUCACUCGCCUCUGUGGCCUCUCCCCAACCCUACCUUCCUCCACAGCCUCAGAACCAGCCUCCUCCUCCCAGACCAGAGAAGCUUACCAGCCUGCCGCGGUCGGCCGCUCCUCCCCCCGCCAGCACCUCCAACUCUGCAGGAACGGACACUGUGAUCAGAGAUCUGCUACCGCAACAGCAGCCGCGGACCAUCGAGAGACGAGACCUGCAGUACAUCACCAUCAGCAAGGAGGAGCUGUCCACCAGCGACAGUCUGUCUCCAGACCCGUGGAAGAGAGACGCUCGCGAGAAGGCCGAGAAACAGCAGCAGCUCCACAUCGUGGAUCUGCUAGACAAGGAGAUCCAGGAGCUCCAGGCAAAGCCUGAGCGCACGGCGGAAGAAAGUGACCGCUUGAGGAAACUGAUGCUGGAAUGGCAGUUCCAGAAACGCCUGCAGGAGUCCAAGCAGAGUGACGAGGACGAGGAAGAGGAGGACGACGAGGACAUGGACACCAUGAUCAUCAUGCAGAGGCUGGAAGCCGAGAAGAGAGCCAGGCAGCAGACUGCUGUCCCAGCUAUAUCUGUUCUAGACUUGUUGCAGGACGAGGAGCGGCGGCGUAAGCAGCAGCUGGAGGAGAUCCGUAAACGAGAAGCGGAGGAGCGAGCGAAGCAGGAGGAGGAGAGGAGGUGGCGAGAGGAGGAGCGAGUCAAACGAGAGGCUGACGAGAAGAGGAGACAGGAGGAGGAGUACUACAACCGCCUGGAGGCUGAGCGGCGCCGGCAGCACGAGGAGGCCGAGCGGAGGCUGCUGACACCAGACGAGCCGGCCGGUCUGUAUCGGCCUCCGCUGCCCCGGGAGUACCAACCCCCCGUCCCCCAUAACCCUACUAACACUCCCCCGCCCCCCCCACAGAGAAACACCUCCUACCUCAAAAGCCACAUUGCUUCCCCCGACACGCUCUACACCGCCAAGUUUGUCUCCUACGCGGGCGAUGAGGAAGACGAGGAGGAAGGAAAGGAAGCCGCCAGAACAUGGAGUGGCAGCAGCCAAUCAGGUCAGGUGAAGCUGUCGGCAACCCAGAAGUCGUACGGUGACCUCCCGGCCACCGUUUCAACCGGUCACAGCAAGCCCCAGCCGCCACCCACUGCACGCAAGCCUCGCCCUCUUUCUGAUGGCAUCUUCCUGUCUGGCUCAUUCCAACCGCCAGUCAACAACUCCAACAGUACAGGCCCCCCACUUCCUGCCAAACCCGGCUCCGUCCCCCCAGGAGGCUUGAAAGAUUUUAACUCGUACACUGGAACCACAGCAGGACUUGUAGGCUCAGAUGUCUUCAGGGAGCCGCGAGACAAGUGGAUGAAAAGUCAGGAGCAAGAGAACUCGAACCCCAGCGGUGCUCCGGAGAGUUUGACCUUCAAAGAGCGCCAGCGUCUCUUCUCUCAGGGGAAGGAGGUUUCCAACAAGGUCAAGGCGUCACGCAAACUGAUGGAGCUGGAGAACGAGCUCAACACUAAGCAGUAAAGUCCCGCCCCUCACGACACCUUAACGCUAACACGGGCGAUGCUGUGCUAACGUUAAGGUGCUGCUGGGAAAAGCCGGUGGAGAGACAAGACCGUCUCCUCAUUUUUCAGUUCCCUUCAUCUUAACCGUUGAAAAACCGGACCGUAGCUGUUUGGUUGCAAUAGGAGAAACAUUUUGCCCUCAGUCAAGUCUGUCAGAUGCAUAAGGAUAAAAAUAAAAAAAAUUAUUGAUCGAGGAUCACCUGAGGAAGGGGAAUAUAUAUAUUUUUGUUUGAAAAAUGACUGUUGGCAGGAACGGAUUUAUGGUCAUUUUAAAUUAGUUUUAUUGUAACAAACACAAACAAUUUUAAGGUUUUAUUAUUCACUUUUUUUUGUUUGUUUUCACACUUUAAUUCCUUCUUGCCAGCAGAAACGCCCACAGCUGCGCUCCCGACUCCUGUAUAAUUAUAUAUGAUAUAUAUUUUUGGGUUUUUUACAUAAAAUUCUCAGUGAGUGAAUACACUGUUAUUUCAUUCCGUAGCAACACAGUAUGGGAUUUUUUUUUUUUUUUUUUGGAGGGGUGGGGUGGGGGCGGAGUCUAAGCGGUUCUCCAGAGGAGGUUCUCAGUCCAGAGAACCACCUCUAAGUGCACAACAUUACUGUAAAUAUUUGGGUCCACGACUGUCUCGCUCUUUUUUACUACUGUAGAAACCUGAUGGGCUUCAAAAAGCUGCUAACGUGAUUAAACGCCGCCUGGCGACAAAAAGGCCUGACGGCGCGCUUUUCCUGCGUUUUCAGUGAAACAGAGCAGGAAGUUCUGCCAAACUGGACCGUCUCGACACUGAUCAUUGGCAUCAGUGGAAUAACAAAAAUUUUAAACGUUUAUCACCAAACCUUAAUUUUUUUAAAAAUUGUUUGUGAGAAUUAGAUUUCUUUUUUCUUUCACUACAAACAGGAACGCACUCAGUCUGUAUGACAUGGUUAAUGUUGCUUUUCACAAUAAAAGAACUCUACUUGCUGUCUACAUAUUUAUUCAAACCUCGUGGAAAACUUGCACAAACCUGUUUUUAUUUUAUUUUAAAGAUUUAAAUUACAUUCUGGACCUCGUGUUCUGUGGCAGUCUGUGAUUUUAGGCUCGAUGUCAUCGCAAUUCCAGUUUAUCUUCCGAUGGUGGUUUUCAAAGUUAUUCAACACGCUGAUGUUAUCAGAUUAGUCUGAAUUACAAGAAACACAGCCAGAUUGAAUAAUAAAAUAAGAAAAUCCGCAAGGUCACAAUUUUUUUUGUUCCAUUAUCAGUCUGUGAGGACUCGAAAAAAGUGUAAUUCAGGCAGAUUUGAACCAUCAGGUGUUGUUGACUUUUUCUAAGAUGCUCCACAUAAACGUUUCAUCUUCACUGCUGAUGUCGAGAAGAAACGUUUCACACCCACAGCAGCUCAGAAAAAAAAGGUUCAAAUGUUUUCUGCAGUUUGAGUGAAAUCCUGUGUGAAUAAAUUUUUUUUUUUGGGGAGCUAAAACACUAAAACAGACUCUAUAUAAGACGCUGUUCUGACAUGUAAAAACACUACAGGUGUCUCCACUUCCUGGUUAGGUUUUCAAAAUAAUCCUUUAAAUGGUUUUAUGUUUAGCCUUUUGUAAAUCAUUAAUAAAUUCAGAUUUUUCAGCA